GCUGCCUACUUCCUCACCACAGCCUGCAACAGCUCACAAAGCUCUAAGCCAAGUAGCAGCGAAAACCUUAUCGGUGCUCAUCAAUGGCGGCGUCCACCAUGUCACUCUCCUCCACGGCUCUCGCCGGUAAGCUGGCCAAGCUCGCCCCCUCCAGAGUGUUUGGCGAGGGCCGCGUUACGAUGCGCAAGACGGCCGCCAAGCCCAAGCCAACCGCCGCGUCAGGAAGCCCGUGGUACGGCCCGGACCGCGUCCUCUACCUCGGCCCGCUGUCCGGCGAGCCGCCGUCCUACCUGACCGGUGAGUUCCCCGGGGACUACGGUUGGGACACCGCGGGGCUCUCGGCCGACCCUGAAACGUUCGCCAAGAACAGGGAGCUAGAGGUGAUCCAUUGCCGGUGGGCCAUGCUCGGCGCGCUCGGCUGUGUCUUCCCGGAGCUCCUCGCCCGCAACGGUGUCAAGUUCGGCGAGGCCGUCUGGUUUAAGGCCGGCGCCCAAAUCUUCAGCGAGGGCGGCCUGGACUACCUAGGCAACCCCAGCCUCAUCCACGCGCAGAGCAUCCUCGCCAUUUGGGCAUGCCAGGUCGUCUUGAUGGGAGCCGUGGAGGGGUACAGGGUGGCCGGCGGGCCGCUCGGCGAGGUGGUUGACCCGCUGUACCCGGGAGGGAGCUUCGACCCGCUGGGGCUCGCCAACGACCCGGAGAAGUUUUCAGAGCUGAAGGUGAAGGAGAUCAAGAACGGCCGGCUGGCCAUGUUCUCCAUGUUCGGGUUCUUCAUCCAGGCCAUCGUCACCGGCAAGGGUCCCCUGGAGAACCUGGCCGACCACAUCUCCGACCCCGUCAGCAACAAUGCCUGGGCAUACGCCACCAACUUCGUCCCCGGCAACUGAUGAUUCAUUGAGGAUUUUGAGGCGACUCGCGAAUGCAAAUGCAGUGCCUUACAUUUAUUGCUUCAAGGUUCAGAUUGUUUGCCAAAGGGCAAUGGGACAGUGAGGGCUGAGGGGUAAUAAGACAAGCGCUGGACGCAGCUCGCACCUUGUAUUUGUUCGUUCAGAUUGUGUCAUGUGAUACUAUUUGAAUGGUUCAAGCCGUCUUCGUCCUAUGC